AUGAAGGCUUCAUGCAUGCCAGAAUUAACAAAAAAAGAUUGGAUAGAAGUUGCGGAAAUUUACAAAAAAAAAGCUAAUUUCCCCCAUUGCCUCGGAGUUAUUGAUGGGAAACAUAUACGGAUUAGAAAACCCAGCAAUACGGGAUCGGAAUAUUUUAAUUAUAAAAACUAUUUUUAUAUUGUACUAAUGGCUGUUGUCGACGCCAAUUAUAAAUUUUUAGUUGUCGAUAUUGGUGCAUACGGAAAAGGCUCAGAUUCACAGCCUGUUUUUCCAUAUGUGUUUUUAGCCGACGAAGCUUUUCCUUUAUCUAACCGAAUAAUGAGACCAUAUGGUGGUAAUAAUUUAUCUGUAAAUCAACGAAUUUAUAAUUACCGGUUAAGUAGGGGCAGACGAUUUGUAGAAUGUGCAUUUGGUAUAUUAGCCAACAAAUGGCGAUUAUUCCAUACGCCAAUUACAUUAGAACCAGAAAAUGUUACACACGUGGUAAAAGCAGCAUGUGUACUACAUAAUUUUAUAAGGGUACGUGAUGGUGUACAUUUGGAAGAUGCAACAUCGUAUCAAUAUUUCCACGAUGUGGAGUUUCCAAAUGGUACACAGAGACUUGCAAGAACAGUCCGCGAUAACUUCGCAACAUACUUUAUGAGCCCUGAAGGUGAACUUCCAUGGCAAAUGUCAAAAAUUUAA